UUUUUUUUUUUUUUUUGAGAUGGAGUCUCGCUCUGUCGCCAGGCUGGAGUGCAGUGGCAUGAUCUCAGCUCACUGCAACCUCCGCCUCCCAGGUUGAAGCGAUUCUCCUCUCUCAGCCUCCCGAGUAGCUGGGACUACAGGUAUGCGCCACCACGCCCAGCUAAUUUUUGUAUUUGUAGUAGAGACCGGGUUUCACCAUGUUGACCAGGAUGGUCUCAAUCUCUUGACCUCGUGAUCCACCCGCCUCGGCCUCCCAAAGUGCUGGGAUUGCAGGCGUGACCCACAGCUCCCGGCCCAUUUUACUUUUAAACCGUUAUUUAGCACCCAAACUCAGGGAUACUUGGGAGUAGAAAUUAGAACAGGACAGAUAAGUGGGGAGACUGGUGUUGAUGGAAACCUCAGUGAGAAAAGUGUAGAUGGGAUUACAGUUGACAACUGGUUGCCUUGAUUUAGGAUAAUUGGGGAAAGGGAGGCUGGGGCACAUUGAAACACCCAGGUUGUCGCUGCCUACCCCAGCUGCUAACAUGACCAGCUGUAAACUUGCUCUGUUCUUAGAAACCUCCCUUCCAAAACAUGGAUUCUCUCGCCAGUGCUCAAGAUGGGACACAUUACCACUAAGUAAGCACUUUUCUUAGGAGCAUUUCUUAGGCUGUUAAAAUGCCAAGACUCCUAACCAUCCUUGGUAGCUUUGAACCUAUGUAAAGAGGUCAGUUAGCUGCCCUAGUUUAUUCCUCAGAAUGAUGAGAUUUGGCACUGAAAAUAUUGUUCAUACUGAGCCUCCCAUCAAAUGCAAUAAGUAGAUAACCACAAAUACCCACCCUUUUAUGCUCGUAACUCAGCAUGUUGGAAACUAUUUUCCCUUGACCUAUUGCCAGCCCAUCACGCCCCACACCCAGGAGAACUCAAGCCCCAAACCGGCCGCUGAACAGUCACGCUUUUCUGCAGGACAUACCUACUAUUAGGGCCAAAACUUUGUCCACCCUUCAAAGGAAGUCGAUGUUUCCAUAUAAAGGUCCCCUCAAAUGCAACAGCAAGCCCGUUGGGAGAGGGGUUGGCAGAGGCUACGGCCAGCCCACGGGCUUUCUUCGACCUUGAUUAUGACCAGGAGUGUAGCUGUUAAUUGCGAGGCUUGCCUCAAGGUGGAAAACAGUAUCGGUUUCCACUGCCACCCCAGAGAAGGCAAGUUCCGCGGCUGGCGGUGGUGGGGACACGGUCCCUCCCAGGCCCAUCUCUUGCCACCCAGAGAGCUGCUCGGAGGCCGCCUACAGGUGCAAUCCCGGCACUGCGGCCGGGGCGGGCGUCCAAGUCCACCAGCAUCUCCGCCGGCCCUUCCCAAAGCCUGAACAGGGCCCCGGCGUGCCCGCCGCCUUCUACCCCCGGUUUCCCCGCGCCUCUGCCCCGGCGCGGUUUGGAAAGGAAGCUGGGAGCCCUCCCAGGCUCCGCAGACUCGGAUUUGGGAGGGGGUGGGACGCGGCCGAGGCUUCCCCUCGAAUCUGCGGCAAGCCUGGCUCCAGGAAAGUUUUUCAAAGUUCCCAGCAGCGUCUGCCCAGGUCGCCUCCGCGGGGCGAGCAGACGGCGGCAAGCGCGCCAGCCUCGCCGCCGCCUCUGCCGCCAGCAGAGCGCUCUGGGCGGCUCGCUCGCGGGAAGCGGGCCGAACUCCCGGCGGGCAGGCAGGCCCUCCUCCCGGGGCGAAAGCCGCAGCUGACGCAGGCGGUUCGGAAGGCGGAAGCUGCCCCGCUCCGACCGCUCAGUCAGCGCCGCGGCGCCUACACCUGGGGCCCCGACGCGCGGGCAAAGGCGCACGGCCCGGGGCGCCCGAGGGGGCGGUCCCCGCUGGGGGCCUCCAGGCGUCCCUGAGCAACGAUCCCUUCCAAGUACCUCCCCGCACUCUCCCUUCCCUCCUGGCCCGAAGCUCCCGAGGGCGGGGGUUGGUGUGGGGCCCUGGUACUUCUACGCCGCCCUGGGCAUCCCGCAGCCCCCAACCCCUUCCAAGUUCCUCCUCGCACUACCCCCUCCACAGCAACGUGAAGGGGAGGGGCGUGCCCAGGGUGAGCACGCCCUCUCAUGAAUAUUAAUAAGCGCGCAUGCGCCCUGCCCGGCGUGCUGGGUAGAGGUGGCCAGCCCCGGCCGCCGCUGCCAGACGGGCUCUCCGGGUCCCUCUCCGAGAGCCGGGCGGGCACGCGUCAUUGUGUUACCUGCGGCCGGCCCGCGAGCUAGGCUGGGUUUUUUUUUUCUCCCCUCCCUCCCCCCUUUUUCCAUGCAGCUGAUCUAAAAGGGAAUAAAAGGCUGAGCAUAAUCUAAUAAUAAAAGAAGGGGAGCGCGAAAGAAGGAAAGAAAGCCGGGAGGUGGAAGAGGAGGGGGAGCGUCUCAAAGAAGCGAUCAGAAUAAUAAAAGGAGGCCAGGCUCUUUGCCUUCUGGAACGGGCCGCUCUUGAAAGGGCUUUUGAAAAGUGGUGUUGUUUUCCAGUCGUGCAUGCUCCAAUCGGCGGAGUAUAUUAGAGCCGGGACGCGGCGGCCGCAGGGGCAGCGGCGACGGCAGCACCGGCAGCAGCACCAGCGCGAACAGCAGCGGCGGCGUCCCGAGUGCCCGCGGCGCGCGGCGCAGCGAUGCGUUCCCCACGGACGCGCGGCCGGCCCGGGCGCCCCCUAAGCCUCCUGCUCGCCCUGCUCUGUGCCCUGCGAGCCAAGGUGUGUGGGGCCUCGGGUCAGUUCGAGUUGGAGAUCCUGUCCAUGCAGAACGUGAACGGGGAGCUGCAGAACGGGAACUGCUGCGGCGGCGCCCGGAACCCGGGAGACCGCAAGUGCACCCGCGACGAGUGUGACACAUACUUCAAAGUGUGCCUCAAGGAGUAUCAGUCCCGCGUCACGGCCGGGGGGCCCUGCAGCUUCGGCUCAGGGUCCACGCCUGUCAUCGGGGGCAACACCUUCAACCUCAAGGCCAGCCGCGGCAACGACCGCAACCGCAUCGUGCUGCCUUUCAGUUUCGCCUGGCCGAGGUCCUAUACGUUGCUUGUGGAGGCGUGGGAUUCCAGUAAUGACACCGUUCAACCUGACAGUAUUAUUGAAAAGGCUUCUCACUCGGGCAUGAUCAACCCCAGCCGGCAGUGGCAGACGCUGAAGCAGAACACGGGCGUUGCCCACUUUGAGUAUCAGAUCCGCGUGACCUGUGAUGACUACUACUAUGGGUUUGGCUGCAAUAAGUUCUGCCGCCCCAGAGAUGACUUCUUUGGACACUAUGCCUGUGACCAGAAUGGCAACAAAACUUGCAUGGAAGGCUGGAUGGGCCCCGAAUGUAACAGAGCUAUUUGCCGACAAGGCUGCAGUCCCAAGCAUGGGUCUUGCAAACUCCCGGGUGACUGCAGGUGCCAGUACGGCUGGCAAGGCCUGUACUGUGAUAAGUGCAUCCCGCACCCGGGAUGCGUCCACGGCAUCUGUAAUGAGCCCUGGCAGUGCCUCUGUGAGACCAACUGGGGCGGCCAGCUCUGUGACAAAGAUCUCAAUUACUGUGGCACCCAUCAGCCAUGUCUCAACGGGGGAACUUGUAGCAACACAGGCCCUGACAAAUAUCAGUGUUCCUGCCCUGAGGGGUAUUCAGGACCCAACUGUGAAAUUGCUGAGCACGCCUGCCUCUCUGAUCCCUGUCACAACAGAGGCAGCUGUAAGGAGACCUCCCUGGGCUUUGAGUGUGAGUGUUCCCCAGGCUGGACCGGCCCCACAUGCUCUACAAACAUUGAUGACUGUUCUCCUAAUAACUGUUCCCACGGGGGCACCUGCCAGGACCUGGUUAACGGAUUUAAGUGUGUGUGCCCCCCACAGUGGACUGGGAAAACGUGCCAGUUAGAUGCAAAUGAAUGUGAGGCCAAACCUUGUGUAAACGCCAAAUCCUGUAAGAAUCUCAUUGCCAGCUACUACUGCGACUGUCUUCCCGGCUGGAUGGGUCAGAAUUGUGACAUAAAUAUUAAUGACUGCCUUGGCCAGUGUCAGAAUGACGCCUCCUGUCGGGAUUUGGUUAAUGGUUAUCGCUGUAUCUGUCCACCUGGCUAUGCAGGCGAUCAUUGUGAGAGAGACAUCGAUGAAUGUGCCAGCAACCCCUGUUUGAAUGGGGGUCACUGUCAGAAUGAAAUCAACAGAUUCCAGUGUCUGUGUCCCACUGGUUUCUCUGGAAACCUCUGUCAGCUGGAUAUCGAUUAUUGUGAGCCUAAUCCCUGCCAGAACGGUGCCCAGUGCUACAACCGUGCCAGUGACUAUUUCUGCAAGUGCCCCGAGGACUAUGAGGGCAAGAACUGCUCACACCUGAAAGACCACUGCCGCACGACCCCCUGUGAAGUGAUUGACAGCUGCACAGUGGCCAUGGCUUCCAACGACACACCUGAAGGGGUGCGGUAUAUUUCCUCCAACGUCUGUGGUCCUCACGGGAAGUGCAAGAGUCAGUCGGGAGGCAAAUUCACCUGUGACUGUAACAAAGGCUUCACGGGAACAUACUGCCAUGAAAAUAUUAAUGACUGUGAGAGCAACCCUUGUAGAAACGGUGGCACUUGCAUCGAUGGUGUCAACUCCUACAAGUGCAUCUGUAGUGACGGCUGGGAGGGGGCCUACUGUGAAACCAAUAUUAAUGACUGCAGCCAGAACCCCUGCCACAAUGGGGGCACGUGUCGCGACCUGGUCAACGACUUCUACUGUGACUGUAAAAACGGGUGGAAAGGAAAGACCUGCCACUCACGUGACAGUCAGUGUGACGAGGCCACGUGCAACAACGGUGGCACCUGCUAUGAUGAGGGGGAUGCUUUUAAGUGCAUGUGUCCUGGCGGCUGGGAAGGAACCACCUGUAACAUAGCCCGAAACAGUAGCUGCCUGCCCAACCCCUGCCAUAAUGGGGGCACAUGUGUGGUCAACGGCGAGUCCUUUACGUGUGUCUGCAAGGAAGGCUGGGAGGGGCCCAUCUGUGCUCAGAAUACCAAUGACUGCAGCCCUCAUCCCUGUUACAACAGCGGCACCUGUGUGGAUGGAGACAACUGGUACCGGUGCGAAUGUGCCCCGGGUUUUGCUGGGCCCGACUGCAGAAUAAACAUCAAUGAAUGCCAGUCUUCACCUUGUGCCUUUGGAGCGACCUGUGUGGAUGAGAUCAAUGGCUACCGGUGUGUCUGCCCUCCAGGGCACAGUGGUGCCAAGUGCCAGGAAGUUUCAGGGAGACCUUGCAUCACCAUGGGGAGUGUGAUACCAGAUGGGGCCAAAUGGGAUGAUGACUGUAAUACCUGCCAGUGCCUGAAUGGACGGAUCGCCUGCUCAAAGGUCUGGUGUGGCCCUCGACCUUGCCUGCUCCACAAAGGGCACAGCGAGUGCCCCAGCGGGCAGAGCUGCAUCCCCAUCCUGGAUGACCAGUGCUUCGUCCACCCCUGCACUGGUGUGGGCGAGUGUCGGUCUUCCAGUCUCCAGCCGGUGAAGACAAAGUGCACCUCUGACUCCUAUUACCAGGAUAACUGUGCGAACAUCACGUUUACCUUUAACAAGGAGAUGAUGUCACCAGGUCUUACUACGGAGCACAUUUGCAGUGCAUUGAGGAAUUUGAAUAUUUUGAAGAAUGUUUCCGCUGAAUAUUCAAUCUACAUCGCUUGCGAGCCUUCCCCUUCAGCGAACAAUGAAAUACAUGUGGCCAUUUCUGCUGAAGAUAUACGGGAUGAUGGGAACCCGAUCAAGGAAAUCACUGACAAAAUAAUCGAUCUUGUUAGUAAACGUGACGGAAACAGCUCGCUGAUUGCUGCCGUUGCAGAAGUAAGAGUUCAGAGGCGGCCUCUGAAGAACAGAACAGAUUUCCUUGUUCCCUUGCUGAGCUCUGUCUUAACUGUGGCUUGGAUCUGUUGCUUGGUGACGGCCUUCUACUGGUGCCUGCGGAAGCGGCGGAAGCCGGGCAGCCACACACACUCGGCCUCUGAGGACAACACCACCAACAACGUGCGGGAGCAGCUGAACCAGAUCAAAAACCCCAUUGAGAAACAUGGGGCCAACACGGUCCCCAUCAAGGAUUACGAGAACAAGAACUCCAAAAUGUCUAAAAUAAGGACACACAAUUCUGAAGUAGAAGAGGACGACACGGACAAACACCAGCAGAAAGCCCGGUUUGCCAAGCAGCCGGCGUACACGCUGGUAGACAGAGAAGAGAAGCCCCCCAACGGCAUGCCGACAAAACACCCAAACUGGACAAACAAACAGGACAACAGAGACUUGGAAAGUGCCCAGAGCUUAAACCGAAUGGAGUACAUUGUAUAGCAGACCGCGGGCACUGCCGCCGCUAGGUAGAGUCUGAGGGCUUGUAGUUCUUUAAACUGUCGUGUCAUACUCGAGUCUGAGGCUGUUGCUGACUUAGAAUCCCUGUGUUAAUUUAAGUUUUGACAAGCUGGCUUACACUGGCAAUGGUAGUUUCUGUGGUUGGCUGGGAAAUCGAGUGCCGCAUCUCACAGCUAUGCAAAAAGCUAGUCAACAGUACCCUGGUUGUGUGUCCCCUUGCAGCCGACACGGUCUCGGAUCAGGCUCCCAGGAGCCUGCCCAGCCCCCUGGUCUUUGAGCUCCCACUUCUGCCAGAUGUCCUAAUGGUGAUGCAGUCUUAGAUCAUAGUUUUAUUUAUAUUUAUUGACUCUUGAGUUGUUUUUGUAUAUUGGUUUUAUGAUGACGUACAAGUAGUUCUGUAUUUGAAAGUGCCUUUGCAGCUCAGAACCACAGCAACGAUCACAAAUGACUUUAUUAUUUAUUUUUUUUAAUUGUAUUUUUGUUGUUGGGGGAGGGGAGACUUUGAUGUCAGCAGUUGCUGGUAAAAUGAAGAAUUUAAAGAAAAAAAUGUCAAAAGUAGAACUUUGUAUAGUUAUGUAAAUAAUUCUUUUUUAUUAAUCACUGUGUAUAUUUGAUUUAUUAACUUAAUAAUCAAGAGCCUUAAAACAUCAUUCCUUUUUAUUUAUAUGUAUGUGUUUAGAAUUGAAGGUUUUUGAUAGCAUUGUAAGCGUAUGGCUUUAUUUUUUUGAACUCUUCUCAUUACUUGUUGCCUAUAAGCCAAAAUUAAGGUGUUUGAAAAUAGUUUAUUUUAAAACAAUAGGAUGGGCUUCUGUGCCCAGAAUACUGAUGGAAUUUUUUUGUACGACGUCAGAUGUUUAAAACACCUUCUAUAGCAUCACUUAAAACACGUUUUAAGGACUGACUGAGGCAGUUUGAGGAUUAGUUUAGAACAGGUUUUUUUGUUUGUUUGUUUUUUGUCUUUCUGCUUUAGACUUGAAAAGAGACAGGCAGGUGAUCUGCUGCAGAGCAGUAAGGGAACAAGUUGAGCUAUGACUUAACAUAGCCAAAAUGUGAGUGGUUGAAUAUGAUUAAAAAUAUCAAAUUAAUUGUGUGAACUUGGAAGCACACCAAUCUUACUUUGUAAAUUCUGAUUUCUUUUCACCAUUCAUACAUAAUACUGAACCACUUGUAGAUUUGAUUUUUUUUUAAUCUACUGCAUUUAGGGAGUAUUCUAAUAAGCUAGUUGAAUACUUGAACCAUAAAAUGUCCAGUAAGAUCACUGUUUAGAUUUGCCAUAGAGUGCACUGCCUGCCUUAAGUGAGGAAAUCAAAGUGCUAUUACGAAGUUCAAGAUCAAAAAGGCUUACAAAACAGAGUAAUCUUGUUGGUUCACCAUUGAGACCGUGAAGAUACUUUGUAUUGUCCUAUUAGUGUUAUAUGAACAUAAAAAUGCAUCUUUGAUGUGUUGUUCUUGGCAAUAAAUUUUGAAAAGUAAUAUUUAUUAAAUUUUUUUGUAUGAAAACAUGGAACAGUGUGGCCUCUUCUGAGCUUACGUAGUUAUACCGGCUUUGCCGUGUGCUUCUGCCACCCUGCUGAGUCUGUUCUGGUAAUCGGGGUAUAAUAGGCUCUGCUUGACAGAGGGAUGGAGGAAGAACUGAAAGGCUUUUCAACCACAAAACUCAUCUGGAGUUCUCAAAGACCUGGGGCUGCUGUGAAGCUGGAACUGCGGGAGCCCCAUCUAGGGGAGCCUUGAUUCCCUUGUUAUUCAACAGCAAGUGUGAAUACUGCUUGAAUAAACACCACUGGAUUAAUGGCC